UCAUUCAUUCCCACGUCUAGGGCUUUAGCGGGAGUCCGUGGCGUGGUAGCGAGCGCCACGCAAUUCCUCCAGGUGAAAUGGCUGCCGAGACGUCGAUUCUCGGGGUAGAGAAGCAGUCGCUUAGAUUGAGAGGCCUUCAUUGCGAAGGCGCGGCAAGAAUCGGGCGCGGGAUUAGAGGGAGAGGGAUUCCAGAUAGCGGUAGGGAGCUCGUUGUGUCGAUCGAGCCAUUGUUUUUCGGCAGGAUCAUGACGAUCGAUUCGAUUAGGAUACACAACGCGCCACUCCAGGGGGGGAAUUUCAUCCGUAGUAGCAGGAAUUUUGCAGCGCCUUCCUCGCGGCUGAAGAUCGCAAGCACGAAAUUCAGUCCAGGGAGGAGAUUUGUGGAUAGAGAUUUUAGCGUGCGCGCCUCGGCAUCGGCCGGUCCCGGACAAACGCAGAACGGAGGUGGAGAGAAGGCAUUGCCUGUGAAGCCCGAUCCAUCGGUAACUCCUGACGACGUUGUGCUAGCUCAACUCAAAGCAUUACGAGAGCGAGACCUCGCGACUGUAUACGAGUUUGCCUCCCCGGCAAACAAGAGCCACACUGGUCCGCUCCCGAGGUUCACGCAAAUGAUGGAGAGAGCUUACAGUCUGAUGAUUGGACAUAAGGAUGCUCGGAUUCUCAGCUCGAUGACUAUAAGCCCGAAUAGAUUUCAGCAGCGCAUUGUCAUUACGGGUGCCAAUGGGAAGAACGCAACUUUCUCUUGGGCAUUAUCAAAGCAGGAAGAAGGUGCUCAUGAAGGAUGCUGGAUGACAGACACCGUGAGGCGGGACGAUUGAAAUCACACGCUAGAUGGGAACUAAAAAUAAAAGCUACUCUGAAAAUGAAGCUGGUAAAUCUAUCCUAUCUUAUUCGCAGAUCUGGUACUGCUUA